UUUACAUGCUAUGCAAAUUUACCUAAGGUUUCUCUCUUGGAUCAUAAGCUAGAACAGCAACAUAGUAUUGCCAUCUUGUAAUACUCUGACAGUAUUAAUAUGAUUUUACAAUAUAAGUAUUUUUAGACAGCCAUCCAUGUUAGUUACAUCUGUUGUGAACUUGCUAUAUUUUUAGACAGCCACCUGUGCUUAUGAUAUACCUAUUAAAAGAAGAUGGUGGUAAUAACAGUAGACUGGCAGGCCACUCCACGUGCUACCAUUGCAGCUUUCGCUUGAGUUGCCUAAAAAUUUCAAUAUCAUACAUUAUAGUCCAAUUUUAAUUGAAUUGCCACAGGUACACAGUAUAAUAUAUGAGUUAAUUUCUUAUUCAAAGUGUGUAAACAUUAUCAAGUGCUCGUAGUUGCAAACAAUGUUCAACCAAUUUGAUGCAAAGACAACAUAUGUAUAUAUACUUUUGUCACUAACAAUACAUGGCCUUGAAGUACAUUGAUGACAGCAAAUAGCAUGGUCUUUACAUAAAGCACUUGCAAGGGAGACCAGAAUAAGCCUUAACCAAAACAAGGAAGUUCCCAAAUGACCAUCUGGCGUUCAAACCCCACAAAACAAAACACUCAGGCUAUCAGCACAAUAACUGAUAGUAGGGAUGUCUCAUUCUUCACUAAACAUUCUUUGCUGGUAAUCCAUGAUGUAUUACCAAAUCUCUUCCUGUUUUGCUUCUACGUGCUGCUUGCAGUUGUUGGAAAUGUUCCAUCUAUCAAGAAAAGCAAAGCAAAUGAGUAUAAGUCUGAUGUGAGGCAAGACGGAGCAAUGCUGCACACUAGGCCAUCUCUCCAAGUGAUUGAGGAACUCAACACUACAGGAAAAUUUGAAUUUAUGGACCAUAGUGUGGAUGAAGCUGAACAUAGCAUGGAAAUGCAUUUACCUUACCUUUCUAAAGUUUUUCAGGGACAUAACGUAAAAGUUGUCCCUAUCCUUGUUGGUGCCCUUAACUCCCAGAAUGAAGCUAUGUAUGGGCAAUUGCUCUCUAAAUAUCUUGAUGAUCCAAAGAACUUCUUUUCUAUCUCCUCAGAUUUCUGCCACUGGGGAACCCGGUUUAGUUACACAUACUAUGACAAGAGCCAUGGUGCUAUACAUAAAUCGAUAGAGGCCUUGGACCGCAUGGGCAUGGAGAUAAUAGAGACUGGUAAUCCAAAUGCAUUCAAACAGUACUUGCAAGAGUAUGAGAACACCAUAUGUGGACGACACCCCAUCAGUGUUUUCCUUAAUAUGCUGCAACAUUGUUCGUCGAAGGUUAAGAUCGGCUUUGUUCGCUACGAGCAGUCAAGCCAGUGCAAGAGCAUGAGGGACAGCAGCGUGAGCUACGCAUCGGCGGCAGCCAAGCUGGACACUCCAGCCGAAGAAGACGAACAGGAUUAGAUUGACCGGGUUGUGGAUUGCACGGGUCAGUUGUACAACCCUGGUGUAGACUGAUUCGGUUUACAAUCCUUGUAUCAGUUUGCCAAACUCUAGUAAUAAACUAAUAAUAAUAAUAGGUUCUUGUUGAGUAGCUAUCAUUGCAGGCAGCAAGGUGAACACCAGGUAACAUCAUUGAGUAA